AAACUGGAUCUAACCGCCCGCCCACCAACAUAGCUGAGCGGACCAGAGAAGACUGGAGGAGGAGAAAUUUGUUUCUUUUACAGUACAAAUAGCAGGCUAAAGCUUGUCUCCACGGUCUAUUUAACAGUGUACACCUAGAAGAACAUCUAAGAAGUCUCUGUGUGGAGGCAUCUACGGUGAAGACAUCGUAGAUAUGCCACCAAUGGCGAACGUGAACGGGAACGUUGUGUGCAGCAACCGCUUUCUCAGGGGUGUUGUGGAAGGUUUUUAUGGCAAGCCAUGGACCACAGAUCAGAGACGAGAGCUGUUCAGAAGGAUGAACAAGAUGGGACUAAACACAUACCUGUAUGCGCCCAAGGACGACUACAAACACAGAGCCUAUUGGCGGGAUCUUUACUCUGUAGAGGAAGCAGAACACCUUACAAGUCUGAUAGCAGAAGCCAGUGAAAGUAGUGUGACUUUUGUUUAUGCACUUUCACCUGGUCUGGACAUCACCUUCUCCAGUGCAAAAGAUGUUACCUUUCUCAAGAGGAAACUGGAACAGGUUAGCCAUUUUGGAUGCAAGGCCUUUGCGCUGCUUUUUGAUGACAUAGAGACAGACAUGUGCAUUGCUGACAAGGAAGUGUUCCAGUCCUUCGCUCAUGCACAAGUUUCUGUCACAAACGAAGUGUACCAGCACCUUGGACAACCAACAUUCCUCUUCUGUCCAACAGAAUAUUGUGAGUCCAGAGCAGUGCCAGACAUCGAGACCUCACAAUACCUCACAACUGUUGGCUCCAAGCUUCUCCCCGACAUAGAUGUCCUAUGGACCGGACCAAGGGUAGUAUCGAAGAUCAUCAGUGUUGAACAUAUCCAGAAAGUGACCAAAACAAUCAAGAGGCCUCCAGUUAUUUGGGACAACAUCCAUGCCAACGACUAUGACCACAAGCGCGUCUUCUUGGGACCAUACGACGGUCGUUCCACUGCACUGAUGCCACACUUGCACGGGGUCUUAACCAAUCCAAACUGUGAGUUUGAGAGUAACUUCAUGGCCCUCCACACGCUGGCGACUUGGAGCAAAAGCACAGUCGAUGUGACCAAAAAGGAGGCAGAGGGUGGGGACAACAGUGCAGUCACCUCAGACAUCAAACUGGAGACAGAGGGCGUCACGGAAGACUCCACUACAAAAUCUGAAGGAGGAUUAUACAACAGAAAUGCAGCUCUAAAACUGGCACUCAAGGACUGGCUGGAGGUGAUCAAAACACCUAAGAGCGGUGGGAUGGGCGUGAUAAAAAGAAGUGGAAAUGUCAGUGUCAUAACAGACUCUGUCACAACAGUAAACACGUGCAUGACCAUGACGCCCACAACCACCAGCAGUUGCACUCAACCCGUGAUGUGUCCAGUCAAUACCCUGACUGGGGAGCCCAUAGACAUUCCAAAACUGCCAUCCAGUCCUUCUACAGACUCUGCCUUCGACUCAACAUCGGCCAGCUCAGAAUCCAAGGACUCUGAGGAAGGGGAGGGUUUGGAGCCUAUGGAUAUCUCCUCUUCACCUGCAGUCUCUUCUCCUCCCACAUCAAGCCUGCUGUCAUCUGAAAGUACAUCAUGUAAGCAAGUAGGGGGAGAUGUUGGAAAGAAAGUUGAAGACACACAGCCUAGCACAAGCACCGCAAUAGAGGGAAAGGUGCCUGAAACAGAGACGAUGCAGGUUGACUAUGAAGGGGUGGACAUGAGUCCACCUAAUCCUUUGGAAAUGCAAACUGACACAGAAGAAAUCAAAUCAAGAAUAAACCCCCUCUACACAGCACAACCUGUGACGUAUGACGACUUGGCAAUGUUGGUGGACUUGUUCUUUCUCCCGUUCGAGCAUGGUCCAUUUGGUGUCCACCUGAUAGAGGAGUUUAUCUGGCUGAAGACAAAUUCCAGAAUUGUGAGCAAGUGCAAGAGAACACUAAGGUCAACAGCUGAGGACGUGAAAGAAUGGCAUGAAAGAUCAGAGAAGUAUGACAAGAGCUGCCAAAGUGUGCUGGACAUGGUCAACCGUCUGCUGAAUGCACCCAACAGAGCUGCUGUCUACGAACUCUUCCCUUACAUCUAUGAACUGAAGGGCAUAGUAGCCCUUCUGAAGUCUCUUGUCAAGUGGCUUGCAGGUGGACGUGACGUUACCAGCAACUUCACCCACAUGAUUCGCUGGGGAGGAUGCACAUGGAGUAAUAGAGGUUAUAAGGAUGCCUUUUUGACUGGCAAAGAAGAGCCAUGGGUGUUCCGAGGAGGUCUGACAGGCGAAUUACAGAGAUUAUUGCCCAUCGAUGGUGCAGGGGACUUGUUCCACCAGAGAGCACCGGACUCACCUCAGUCCUCUAUCUACAUCAUACGCCCAUAUUUGCAUCCUGAUCAGGACGACGUGUAUGAGGUCUGCAGAAAAACUUGUGAUGACGGCCUGGAUGGAACAGACGUGUUUCCAGAUCAUCCGGCCCUCAUUGGAGACAAACUAGUGGGAUCAUUCCUGACCCUGAGCUCUGAGUUCUGCUUCGUGGCUCUGGACGCCAGUGAGAAGGUGUGUGGUUAUGUUGUGGCAGCCCUGGACGCAAAGGACUUCUACAAGAAGUUUGAGGUGGCCUGGUUGACUGAUCUUUGCAACAAGUACCCAAAACCCACGGCAAAAGGGAAUCUGUCCCCUGCUGAGGAGAUCAUCAACAGUUUCCAUAACUACAAGGUGUACCUGCCUCCAAACCUGUACAAGAGGUUCCCAUCCUUGCUGAGGAUGAGUGUGCUACCUCAGUUCCUAAUGGAUGACCCUGGUGUGGCCAAGAACAUGAUGGCUUGUCUGUUUGCUGCACUGAAGGCAAAUGGGUCCAGUGGUGUGUACUGUGAAGUCAACAUUGGAGACAAACGCAUGCUGGAAUUUUACACAAAGAUGGGCUUCUUCGACGUCCCCAUGCUGGACGAAUACUCCGAGGAAGUUCUCAUCCUUGGCAGGUCCUUCUAGCACCUUGUGACGAGGCAAACCAUGCCGCGUCAUCUUCGCGAAGCGAACAACUUCAAAUAUUCCUUCUGACUUUCUGUACUUUUUUCAGUUACUUUACCAUCAUUUGUUUAGUCAAUAAAGUUUAAGAUAUGGCAGAUGUGAGGAAGAGGGGUUCAUAUGUUGCUCAUUCCCAGUGACAUUUGGACACAAUACCUUAAAUGAAGGUAUCACGAUGAGGUGGCCCUUAAAUCCCUAAGGAAGAGAAUGUUGUGAUGGUUUUCCAUUGACAGCUUGACUUGCCCUGUAAGGGAAACCCAUAGAAGUACACAUAAGAAUAAUGUCAGCUGUAUUCUAUCGUCUUCUUAGAGACAGGCAUGAUUGAUAGUUGUGUCUUUUCCUUGUCACGUUGGUCAAACUUGUGCUAUUUUGUGCUUAUUCUGGACCAUUGUGCUCACACCAUUGUAGUUGCUGAACUCACAUUGCCAUGAUUGCUUGCUUUCUCUGACAUCAAUGUAGUGCUCUAGUUUGAAGAGCUAGUGUCAACAUAGUCUUGGUUUUCCACUAUGGUUACAGAAAUAAUAUUGCAGUAUCCUUUGCAUUGAAUUGCUUCACCUUUUUCUGUAUUGUUCACACAAUGGUUCUAUUCAGUACACUUACUUUUCUGUUAUUUCAGUUGUGGAAAUUUUCCCAAAGGCCAAUUAUUAAAUACUUGAAUGUGAGUAAUAUCAGAGGAUUAUCCUGCACUGAUCCCAGAUAAGUAUUAUUUCAAUGAAGGCAAUAUAUGUUGAUAAUCUGAAAUGUUGUGACCUGAAGAAUAUUCGAAAGGUUUUGAUGUGCAGAAGUAAAAUCUAUUCUUUGCCAUGCAAAGAUGUUACAUUUUAUUUGGUUUUCACCAAUAAAAAUGCAAUGAAAGUGGCAA